AACAUGGGGAACACGACUACAAAAAAGAUGGAAAGAACUUGGUCUAGGUGAAUGUUUUAAAACAAAAAACUUGGAUGACUGUAUGACUCUUUGUCAUGAUCUUGAACAAUACGAUCCAGAAUUUAGAGAGCAAGAAGAGUUGAGAAUGGCAGUUAAAAGAAGAGCUAUAGCUGUACAUCGUGCAAAAGUUCCUAAAUCUCAUCCAGAUAAUGGAAGCGAUAUAUGA